GGCCCCCAGGCAAUAGGAAAUCAUGGGGCCCCUGUGUCCUGACCCACACUCAAACUACACCCAAAAAAAGCCCAUCAAAAGGUACCAAGAGCAUCUCAUGGGGCCCCCUAUUGACCCCGGGCCUUCGGGCUGUGCCCGAGUGGCUAAAUGGUUAGUCUGCCCCUGGGGUGGACUGACAACUCAUGGGGUCCCCGGGCAAUAGGGGAUAAUGGGGCCCCUGUGUCCUUGCCCAAACUCAAAAAAGCCUAUGAAAAAGGUACCAGGGGCAUCUCAUGGGGCCCCCUACUGACCCCGGGCCCUUGGGCAGUGCCCGAGUUUCCAAAUGGUCAGUCCACCUCU